AUGCAGCUGCUAGGCCAAACGUCAUCGCUAAGCGUUUUGUUAGUGCUGCUGCUGCUGCUAUGCCACGAAAACAAAUUUCACCGGUGGAAGGUGAAUGCAGCAAUCAGCGCCUUCCAGCCGACCAUCUUCGACAAUGCCCAGUGGCGCGUCAUCUUUCACCUCUACCGUAAUGUCACGAUGAUGAUGGCCGGACGUACCGGUUACAAGACGAGCGGCAAGUUUUUGCAAAAGAAAAUUCCGGACACUGUACCGUUCCCUUGUGAUGUUGCGGCUGGCCGCAGUCCGGAACCACCGACAAGCGUACACAAGCUGCGUCCCGGUGACCUAAACGUAGUAGCAGCUAUCGGUGAUUCCGUCAUCACUGCCAGCGGUGCAUCGGCAACUAGUUUUUUGCAGUUGUACACUGAAAACCGCGGCCUAUCAUGGUGUAUCGGUGGCCAAUGGGCUUGGCGCAAUGCUACCACCCUGCCGAACAUACUGAAAAUGUUCAACCCAAAGCUCGUUGGAUAUUCGUACCGAGAUUCGUACAGCUUCCACUGGGACUCACAGUUCAACAAUGCGGAAAUUGGUGCUGUUUCGAAGGAGCUACCACACAUGGCCGCCCAAAUGGUUACGCGCAUCCGAGCGGAUGAGCGUGUAAAUUUUAAAAAGGACUGGAAGCUACUCACGGUCACGAUCGGUGGUAAUGACAUCUGUGCGUACGUUUGCACACUAAAAGAUCCCGAAUCUUUACCAACGCAGCAUCGAAGAUCACUGUUAAAGAUGCUCCGAUAUCUGCGCGAUAACUUACCACGAACGCUAGUAAACAUCGUAUCCGUUCCAGACGUGUCUACAGUAGUAUCGGUCAAGAAGAAACCGGCAAUUUGUUGGAUCUUGCACCAUGCCGAAUGUCCCUGCUGGGUUGGUCCACUACACAACUCUACCAAAGAAUCUAGAGCUAGAUGGGCACGAAUACAAACGCAGUACCGAAAGGUAGAGGAAGAAGUCGCCAUGUUGGAUGAGUUUCGUGGACUCGAUGAGUUUGCCGUCGUACACCAGCCGUGGACGAAGAACCUGUCGCUCAUGAAAGGAAAUGAGGUUGACUACUCACUUCUCUCGUACGACUGCUUUCAUAUGAGUCAGAAAGGCCAUGCACAAGCUGCCGUUGCCUACUGGAAUAAUCUGCUGGAACCGCCGGGCAAGAAGAGUACAGGCUGGAAGCCAGGCAUUGACGUAUUUCGUUGCCCAACGAAGGAAUCCCCCUACAUAUACACCUACGACAAUAGCUAG